AUAUAAAGAAACACGAAAAUUAGGAUCAUUGGAUUUAGCAAAGUUUCCACGAUCCUUCUUCCCUUUCUCCUUGGGGUUGUGCUGUGUUGUGCAUCAUCAUCAUCAUCGUAAUCAUCUCUCUGUAAUUGCCUUUGCCCAAGAUUUGGGAUUGGGUGUUCUCUGCUUCGUUUGAUAGUGACACCUCAUCAUGAACAUCUUCACCAAGAAACCCACCGCCAAAGAGGCUCUUCGGGAGAGUAAACGAGAAAUGGCAACCGCUACUAGAGGUAUAGAGAGGGAAAUUGGAUCAUUGCAAUUGGAAGAAAAAAAGCUUGUUGCUGAGAUAAAGAGAACUGCUAAGACGGGAAACGAGGCAGCAACUAAAGUUCUAGCUCGCCAGUUGGUUAGGCUUAGGCAACAAAUUGCUAAUCUUCAAGGUAGUCGAGCUCAGAUGAGAGGCAUAGCAACUCACACCCAGGCAAUGCAUGCCCAUUCUUCUGUUGCUGUUGGCAUGAAAGGUGCUACUAAGGCAAUGGCUUCUAUGAAUAAGCAAAUGGCACCUGCAAAGCAAGCCAAAAUUAUGCAGGACUUUCAGAAACAAUCGGCACAGAUGGAUAUGACUACUGAAAUGAUGUCAGAUACCAUAGAUGAUGCAUUGGAUAAUGAUGAAGCUGAAGAGGAGACUGAAGAGCUGACAAAUCAGGUGCUCGAUGAAAUUGGUGUGGAUGUUGUCUCACAGUUAUCAGCAGCUCCCAAAGGGAGAGUCGCAACAAAAAAUACUGAAAACGUCAGCAGGUAUCUUCUCUCGGGCGUUGAUGACCUUGAGAAGCGUUUGGCGGCUCUUAGAAACCCGUAAUUUUUGUUUGAGAUUAUGUGAUUCUCGAUCUCAAGUUUUAAACUAGAAUUCUUUCCUGAACUAUGUUCUUCUAGGGAUUUCAUAAGUUUAGUGUGGGUAUAUGUAUCGUUGAAAUUAUUAUGUAUCAAUAUUGAUUUAUGAAAUUCUCUCGUGCUUGAGCCUUAUGCAAAGGUUCUAAGCCGAGAAGGACAACUUACUUCUUGUAGUUGGGGAUGAAUGAUAGUAUGAUUAAACAUAGUAUUUGUCUAGAUGUA